AUGAGCUGACCUCAGACCUGUCAGACAUGGAGGACCUGUGGGGCGUGGCUGUAGGUGUUUUCCAGGUGUGGAUGUUUGUGGUGGUGUUCUUCAUCAUGCUCCCGGCCAUGUUCGGCCUCUCUCUGGGGGUCACGGGCGUCUACAUCCAGAUCCUGGUCCACAUCCUGGAGUGGGCCACGUUACGGAUCCAAAGAGGACGGCAGGAGCAGCCUGAUGUACCGGUACCUCUGCCCAACGUGCGAAGAUGGCUGAGCGAGCUGGUCCACCUGACCUGCUACAGGAUUUGCAGAGGCCUGUCGGCCACCAUCCAUUACCACAACAGAGAAAACAAACCUCAGAGAGGAAUCUGUGUCGCCAACCACCCCACGCCCAUCGAUGUGGGAUUUCUGGCCAACGACGGCUGCUACGCUAUGGUGGGUCAGAUCCAUGGAGGUCUGAUGGGGGUCAUCCAGAGGUCCAUGAGGUCAUGUCCUCAUGUUUGGUUUGAGAGGUCGGAGAUGAAAGAUCGGCACGCUGUGACGAGCAGGCUCAGAGCUCACGUCGCAGCCACCAACCUGCCCAUCCUGAUAUUUCCUGAAGGAACUUGUAUCAAAACGUCGGUCAUGAUGUUCAAAAGGGAUUUUUGAAUCGGAGGGACGAUCUACCCCGGUGACAAUCAAGUAGCUAGCUCAUUAGCAUCAUUAGCUAGCUGUGUGCUAACGCGUGUCUCUUCUCAGUACGACGCUCGUUUCGGCGACGCGUUCUGGAACAGCGGCAAAUACAACAUGGUCAGUUACCUGCUCAGGAUGAUGACCAGCUGGGCCAUCGUGGUUAACGUGUGGUACCUCCCCCCCAUGACCAUCCAGGACGGUGAGGAUGCAGCUCAGUUUGCUAAUAGAGUGAAAUCUGCGAUUGCUCAUCAAGGAGGUCUGCUGGACCUGGCAUGGGACGGAGGACUGAAAAGAGGAAAAGUGAAGGAAUCGUACAAAGAAGAGCAGCAGAAGAAGUACAGCAGCAUCAUCGCCGGACACAACGGCCUGUAGACACAUCCUGGAGGUCCUGGAAGUCCCGCAGACCCUGGAAGUCCUGGAGGUCCUGGAAGUCCUGGAAGUCCUGGAGGUCCUGGAAGUCCUGGAGGUCCUGCAGGUUUGAGACAAUCCUCCUGUCUCUGUGUGAACUGGAUCAAUCUGCAUCGACAUCAUUAAACUCUGAUUUUAAAGUGCAGCGGCGAGUUUCCACCAGCAGGAGGCAGCAUGAGACAACACACGGAGCUGAGAGCUGCUGAGGAGACGACCUGCUUCUUCUUCUGCUUCUUUUUAAAUGUUUGUUUGUUUUCUGUCUGUUUGUUUUCUGUUUGUUUGUUUUCUGUCUGUU